GCCCCGAUGUCUAACUUGAGUUCGACUUUGACUGCUCCACUAGCACGCAGCAUACCCGUAUCACCACGCUUUGAUGCUCCUUGCCUCAAGGGUCGGAUCUGCAGCAUUCCAAAGCAAAAUAUUCCUCUGCCUCCUGUCAGUUGUAGCUUGAAACGAGCGAUCGUUGGUCCUCAUGUACGAACGAACGCCUUCUCCUGAUCCUGCGUCACUGCCAAAGCAUUCUAGCGUUGGAUUCUCCGUCUAAACAGGCCUCGAUGUCUUGAAAUCUUCAUGGCUGAAGUCUGGGCGAAGGGAUUUUCACCCCAGAACAUGUCCGACGCUUGAAGGACCCUGAGCAUCGAGGCGGACUCAUGACCAAUCGCACGUUGAAACACAUCAGAGUUCUGAGCUUGCUCGUCUCGCUCUUCUUUGAACGGUUCAAUAUCGUGGGGUCUGCUUCGAAUUCUCUUGUCUCAGGACAAGCCAUAUUGAAUAUCCCUUGAAGGGUUUUAUGACCUUCUCAGGUUGUUUGGGAUUGACCGAUAUCGUAUUCUUUUGGUGAUGGUUGAUCAACGACGUCAGCAUAGGCUGUGUCCGGGUUGGGUACCAGGGAAACGCUCCCAUGUCAUGCCUGUGGAUGGACAAAGAUUGCAAACUAUCUCUGGGGAAGAAUGGGGCUUUCUUUCAAACCUUCAUCCACUCUUUUCUUCGUCGAUCAUUUUGCAUCGCUCUAGUAGCGAUCUAUCGCGAGCUUGCCUCGUUCAUUUGAUUUGUGAUAUAGUGUUAUUCUACGUGAUCGUCUUUUCUCUUACCCAGGCUAGCACUGGAUCCAUUGAUACCGCAUAUAACGUGAUGUAUAUUCCAGUAAAGCGAACAUUAUCAGACCGUCACGAUGACAAUGUCAUGCUUGACGUCUUCCUUGCCUUUCAAUUCAUAGGCGGAAUUGGAAAUAUCGCCAUGCUAUUGACGGCCAUAUUCUCCCGAAGAGUCAUCAGGCAUAGUACCUGGCUGAAUUUCUGCGUGACCUGGGUCAUCUUCAGUAUUUCAUACACACUCCUCUUCUUCGCUGGGCAGCAGAGGAGUUCCUUGCAGACUGCGUAUCCUUUGUGCCUUACGCAGGCAUCCUUAAUAUAUGGGGCUCCCGUUCUUGUGGCGUACGCCAGCGUUUCACUAGUCGCUCAGGUCGCUUUAUCAGCGAGGGCUCUUAUUCUUUUCAAAAUACACAAACCUUCUCCAUAUCAGACGCUUCUUCUUUUGAUUGUUCCGUAUAUCCUAUGGUUCUCAGCGGUGAUUGCGGCUCUUGUCAGCGGGGUGAAAUUCCCAGAGACAGUGUCGAGAAACUUCGAUGAUGGUGGCUUGUACUGCGAGAUCACUACCGGUAUACCUGGUCGCAUUGUUGCUGUCCUCGUGGGGAUAGCGCUGGUUCUGGCGUUCACGCUCGAGAUCAUGUUGGGCGUGACGCUCCGCAAGAACUGGGCAGCAUUCGAAGGCCAUCAUAGCAAGCUCCCUAUGUCGAUGAUAAUCCGGGUCGCAGUCUUCGUUGGUGUGAGCGUGCUUGCCUUCAGCACCGUGUUCGUUUUCCUUUCUCGGCAGUUUUCCGUUUCCAAUGUUGUAUUAUCUUUGUUGCCGUUCUUCUCAUUCGUAACGUUUGCUACCCAGAAGGAUCUACUCAGUGUCUGGACCUUUCGGCCGCAUCCAUGACUUAUUUUGCUUUAUACUUCUCUUCGAACCAAUGGUUCAACACCAGCUGUACUGUACAAUGUGUUCAAACAGGAAUAUGGUUUCGCAAAAGCUUCCAUGGUUGGGUUGGUUCGCCCGGAUCAUGAAGAAUCGACCUGUGGUUGAUAAGU